ACACCCAACCCCCGGGGCGGGUCACAGCUUCCCAGGCAGGAAGCGAUUGUUCCCAUUACUUUACCAUCACAAAACCCUCCUUGGAUUGCCACUCCACUGCUCAAGGAGGCGGCGGAGAGUUUGGCAGCUUUUAAAACAUGUGUGCUGCCAGUUAUAAUAUCGAGAACACGCUGUGGGAAGUGCGGGGGAGGUAUGCGAAUCUCUCUCCCAUCGGUUCUGGAGCCUACGGGACCGUGUGCUCGGCAACUGACAGGCGGACGGGACUCAAGGUCGCAAUUAAGAAACUCCAUCGCCCCUUCCAGAGCGAAACUUUCGCCAAAAGAGCGUACAGGGAACUCAAACUUCUCAAACACAUGAAACAUGAAAACGUCAUCGGACUCAUUGAUGUCUUCACGCCCGCAGUCACAUUGGAUGAAUUUCAUGAUUUCUACCUAGUUAUGCCAUUUAUGGAUGCAGAUUUGAGUAAAAUCAUGGGAAAACUGACAGACGACAGAAUUCAAUAUCUUUUAUAUCAGAUGUUCAAAGGCCUUAAGUAUCUGCAUUCAACUGGAAUUAUCCACAGGGAUUUAAAACCUGGCAAUUUGGCCAUAAAUAAAAAUUGUGAAUUGAAGAUCAUCGACUUUGGUCUUGCCAGACAAACGGAUUCAGAAAUGACCGGCUACGUGGUUACAAGAUGGUACCGUGCACCUGAAGUCAUCUUGAAUUGGAGGCAUUACACUCAGACUGUUGAUAUUUGGUCCGUUGGCUGCAUUUUUGCUGAAAUGAUCAAUGGCAGGACAUUGUUCAAAGGAAAAGACUAUCUAGAUCAACUAGCACAGAUUAUGAAGAUUACGGGCACUCCUGGGACUGAAUUCAUUCAUAAAUUAGAAAGCAUUGAGGCUCGAGAAUAUAUUAGAACUCUCCCCUAUAUCAAGAAAACAGACUUCUCUUUCCUAUUGCCCAACACCAAAUCUAUAGCAUUGGACCUCCUGGACAAAAUGUUGGUGUUGGAUGCUGACAAACGGUUAUCAGCCACUGAGGCUCUGAGUCAUCCUUAUUUUGAACCAUUCAGAGACGCAGAGGAUGAGACCAAACCUGAGCCAUUUGAUGAUUCUUUGGACCAGUUGAAAUUAUCAGUUGAUAUGUGGAAAAGACAUGCAUUUCAGGAGGUGAUGAGGUUUGUUCCUUUUUCAAGUCUAAACAGGAUUCCGAAGGAAACACCACUGUAGCUCUCUGACCACCACUGACCCAACUCGUGUGUUGAAUUGAAAAUCCUAAAUAGUACAUGCACAUUUAUAAAUGACAGAAUUUCAUCCAUUUUAUCUUUUGAACAUUUAAAUCACAUGUAUAUGUUAAUAUUAACUUUAGUCGAAUGUUCUGUACAAUCAUUGACAUUAAGAGUAAUUGAUAGGAAAACUAGAUGUGAAUAUAAUUAUUUCUAUAAUUUUGCCAAGAUGUCCAAUAAACAAUGUUCGAUGUAUGCUCAA